AUGCGCAAGCGCAGCGUGCCCAUUGGAAUUUCCCGAUCCUUUUUCCGGCUUUUCAUCUCGGCCUUCCGGGGAAGGAGAGCUCCAGGAGGUUGGAGGUGUGGGAUAGAGUGUCAGCAGGGGGGCGUGGCCUCGCUGAAGGACGCGGGCCUCCGCGGUGUUGCUAGACGCGGCGCUCAGGUGGCGCGGAGUUCAGCUCCUACCGUUGGGCGGGUAACAAGCGCGGAUCUGGCGGAGCGCAGUGGUGCGCGAAGACAGCGAGGCGACCGGGAGCGGCUGGGCCCCCGGCGGCGCGCCCCUCGGCCGGGCCGGGAGCAGCGCCAGUCGGUGCCCCCGGCCGAGCGCGGUCCGCUUCCGUCUCAGCAAUCAUCUACCCGGAGUGCGGCCAGAGGGCAUGUCGGAUCCACCAGGGGCGCCGCCUCCGGCGCUCGCAGGCCGCGGGUGAAGAAGAAAGUGCGGCCUCGCUCGGCCAGGAGUGAACAAGUGGCCCAGAGCGUAGAGGUGACAGAGAACGAAGAGGUGACCCUAAGCGAAGAGGUGGCUCUAAGCGAAGAGGUGGCUCAGAGUGAGGAAAUGGCGGCAGCUGGGCUCAUCGUGACCGUCACCCACAGCAAUGAGAAGCAUGACCUUCAUGUUAUUCCACAACAGGACUGUACUGAACCAACUGUCCAAGACCUGGCCCAGGUUGUUGAAGAGGCCACAGGGGUCCCCCUACCUUUUCAAAAACUCAUAUUUAAGGGAAAAUCUCUGAAGGAAAUGGAGAAGCCAUUGUCUGCACUUGGAAUACAAAAUGGUUGCCGGGUCAUGUUAAUUGGGAAAAAGAGUAGCCCAGAGGAAGAGGUUGAACUAAAGAAGUUGAAAGAUUUGGAGAAGUCUGUGGAGAAGCUCGCUAACCAACUGGAAGAGUUGAAUAAGGAGCUUACUGGAAUCCAGCAGGGUUUUCUGGCAAAGGAUUUGCAAGCUGAAGCUCUCUGCAAACUCGAUAGGAGAGUAAAAGCCACAAUCGAGCAUUUUAUGAAGAUUCUGGAGGAGAUUGACACACUAAGUCUGCCAGAAAAUUUCAAAGACAGUAGACUGAAAAGGAAAGGUUUGGUGAAAAGGGUUCAGGCGUUCCUAGCUGAGUGCGACACAGUGGAGCAGAACAUCUGCCAGGAAACAGAGCGGCUGCAAUCCACAAACUUGGCCCUGGCCAAAUGAGGUGAGGUGGAGAAAGGCUGUUCUGCCCUGAAGAACCACAUCACCAGCUCUGCC